AUGUCCGACUUCAGCUACUUCGCCCUCUUCACGGCCGGCUUGGCUGCUUUCGCACCCCUCGCCUCUGCCUACACCAAGCCUGUGGGUCCAGAGCCGCUCGGCAACCCAUUCUCGCAGCCAGGCCUGAACACCGUCGUCCCUGCCGGCGGCAACUUCACAAUCACCUGGGAGCCAACCACCAAGGGCACCGUCACUCUGCUCCUCCUCAAGGGCCCAAGCACCAACGCCGUCCCACAAUACCCAAUCGUCGAGAAGACCGAGAACGAUGGCACAUAUGUCUGGCAGGUCAAGGACGAUCUGGAGCCAUCCGCGGAGGGUGUCGCACAGGGAUACGGUAUCCAGCUGAUUGACGAUGCCACCGGCCAAUACCAGUACACCACUCAGUUCGGCAUCUCCAACGACGACUACAAGAAGUCCCCAGAGUCCAGCUCCGAGUCCGCCAAGCCAACCAAGUCCGCUGAGGGCUACGGCAAAGAGUCCAAGACCGCAAGCUCCACCUACCACAAGCACUUCACAACUUACUGCCCGGAGCCAACUGUCAUCUCCAUGGGCAACCAAUCUUACACCGUCACCGCCGCGACCACCCUCACAAUCACCGACUGCAACUGCGAGGUCCACCCAACCACCUCCGCCCACAUGCCAGUCGGCACCGGCAACGCAUACCCAUCCCACAACGUCACCAUGGUCGCCCCAACCGGCUACGUCCCCACCAUGGCCACCACCGCAUCGACCUACAACAUGCCAUCCGCAAGCGCAACCACCCCACCCCAGCAGACUGGCGCUGCAUCGACCGUCGCAGGCGGCGUUUUCGGCGCCGUCCUUGCAGCCGGUGUUGCUGUUCUCGCCAUGUAA